UUCCCCUCAGGUCAACAUUGAUCUUUUCAUACAGACGGAAUACUUUAACAUUAUCCACAUUUGAAACUUCACAUGACAGGACGUAUAUGGAACUCUCCAGGACGGAAGACAUGGAGGUGACUGGCAUUACUGGAAGCCUCUAUGAAAGGCAGACACCACACUCUGAUGUCACAGGAGGUGAUUCUGCUUCAGCUGAAAUGAGCAGCACUGCCUGUGAGCUGUCUGUGGCGCCUAGUCCAUGUCCGAAUGAAAACAGCACUGGCCCGCCUUCGCCUAAAAGACUGAGGCUUGACACAGACGGACCGGAAAAGCCAGCAGCGACAACAGUAGCAGCAGCAGCGGCGUCUCUUCACGCAAACAACUAUAAAGCAGCACUCUCUGAGGACGAACAAGAACAGGACGUCAGGCCUGGUGGUUCUCAGCCACACUGUACAUCACAGGAAACAGACAACCCAAUAAAACCAGAGCAUGAGGAGGAGGAGGUGGUAGAGGAGGAGGAGGUGGUAGAGGCGAAGAAGGAGGAGGAGGAGGUGGUAGAUGAGGAGGAGGAGGAGGACGUGGUAGAGCAUCAGGAGGAGGAGGUGGUAGAGGCGGAGGACAUGGUAGAGGACAAGGUGAAAGCUGUGGCGUUUGUAGCUGAAAGGGAGGCACUCAGUCAAGGCUUUACUGCUCUCUGCUGUGGCUACGGCAGUUAA